AUGCCAGAUAACAGCACAAAAUUUAAUCCGAAUUUGAAUCUCGAAAUACCGAAAUGGAUAAACGAGAAAUACUUCGAAAAAAUUCUACAGAAAGAUAUGCCACAGUUCAAGAAAAUUUUAAAAUUCACACCUACAGCUGCCACGCCACCCGGGGAGAAUUACACAUCAAUUAUGGUACGUAUACACAUGGAUAUAGAAAUGAAAGAUGGCUUUACUCAACAGCAGUCAUAUAUAAUGAAAACCAUGCUAGAUAAAGACAAAGGAGGUACGUUUAUAAACACUCUAAAUCUAUUCCCCAAGGAAAAAUUUAUGUACGAACAAUUGCUGCCUCAACUGGAAACGCUCUAUAAUGAUAUUAAUAAGAAAGUAAAAUUGGCGCCUAAAUGCGUCUGGGUUGAGGAGAAGGCCGAACGCAUUACACUUGUUCUAGAAGAUUUAAACACUAAAAAAUUUAAAAAUAUAAAUCGUCUGAAAGGUUUCGACAUGGCACAUAUGAAACGCGUUUUAGAAAAACUGGCUGAAUUUCAUGCAGUCACAGUGAUAUGGCAGCAGCGUAAUGGGGCAUACCCAGAAGAAUUUCAAAAAAGUUAUCUACCCGCAAACUAUCAGAAAUCGAAAUCUUAUCAAGCACGCGUGCAAAGUUUCAAAGCAGCGAUGUCUACUUGGGGCUUGGAGGAUUAUGAGAAAUACGCAGAGCGCAUUCCAAAUGCAGAGCAAUUUGUUAAUGCUGCUAUGGGUUGUUUUAACACUGAUCCGAAUGAAUUUAAAGUUUUAAAUCAUGGAGAUUUUUGGUCCAGCAAUAUCAUGCAAAACUAUACUUCAACUGGUGAAAUCAAUCAAAUACGUUUUAUUGAUUUUCAGUUAUGUAAAUGGGGUAGUCCAGCACAAGAUCUCUGGGAAGUCAUCAUGUGUUCAUCAGAAAGCAAUUUACGUAUACGAGAAUUCGAUAAUUUUUUGUCGGCAAGUUAUGCUGAUGGCAGUACUUCUCCGAAAACUGUGGCUGAUAUAGCUUUGGAUGAUGCAGUUAAACUAAAAGUACUGAAUUCCUUUAUACGACUAACACCGGAAUUAGCUUUACACCAAGCAAAAGAAUCGGCUUACCGAUAUAAAGAAAAGAAAUCUUUCAGUUCGGUCGAUGGCAUUACAAUUGCAGUGAAAGACAAUUUUUGUGUCAAAAAUGUGAAAACAACAUGUGCUUCCAAAAUGCUUGAAGAUUUUGUAGCUCCAUAUAAUGCUACAGUAUAUGAACGUCUCUCAAAAGCCGGAGCAGUUCUUAUUGGUAAAACAAAUAUGGAUCAAUUUGCUAUGGGCUCAGGCACGGUAGAUUCAGUUUAUGGCCCUACAAAGAAUGUAUGGAGCGAAGAUCUGACUGAAAACAAUUGGCGCAUAUCUGGUGGAAGUUCAGGUGGAUCUGCUUCUGCAGUUGCUGCAGGCAUAUGUUACGCUGCAAUUGGUUCCGAUACUGGUGGUUCUACACGUAAUCCAGCUUCAUAUUGUGGUAUAGUUGGUCUAAAACCGACUUAUGGACUUGUUUCUCGUAAUGGUCUGAUUCCAUUAGUCAACUCAAUGGAUGUACCGGGUAUACUUACCCGAAAUAUAACGGACUGUGUUGAAGUGCUAAAUGUUAUAGCUGGUCCUGAUGAAAAGGACUCGACAACAAUUAAGAAACCUUUUCACAAAAUCCAUGUACCACCAAUAGAAAAAAUAGACAUUCGAAAUUUACGCAUAGGUGUACCUAAAGAAUAUCACUGCCCUGGACUUUCAGUUGAAGUAUUAGAUACAUGGAAAAAAAUUGCAGAUAUACUAGAGGUUGCUGGAGCGAAGGUAAGUCAAGUAUCUUUACCUCAUACAGCAGCUAGCAUAUUUGUAUACUCAAUACUUAACCAAUGUGAAGUAGCUAGUAAUAUGGCUAGAUAUGACGGUAUUGAAUAUGGACAUCGCGCUGAAGAUGAACACAGCACAGAACAACUAUACGCAAAAACACGCGCACAAGGUUUCAACAGUGUAGUUAAAACGCGAAUACUAACUGGAAACUACUUUUUAUUAAAAAGAAAUUAUGAAAAAUAUUUUGAGAAGGCAUUGCGGGUAAGACGACUUAUUGCUGAAGAUUUUAAAAACGUAUUUCAGCCCGUUGAUAUUGCUAAUCAAGUAGAUAUUUUGUUGACACCAACUACACUCACCGAAGCUCCAUUAUAUAAAGAUUUUAUACAACAAACCAAUCGCGAUCAAUGUGCAGUGCAGGAUUUCUGUACACAACCAGCAAACAUGGCCGGUAUACCAGCAAUAUCUUUACCCAUUAGAUUGGCGAGCAAUGGUUUACCAAUUAGUUUGCAACUAAUGAGUCGUUCUCUUGGCGAAGAACUCCUAUUCAAGGUGGCACGGUGGAUUGAAGCACAAGUUCAAUUUGAUUGCUUGGAAAAUAAAAAAAUAUACGAAGCAAGAAAUUAGGUAAAAAAACGAAAAAUAUAUU